UAUAGAGGCUUCUAAUGACACAACUCUACAGAGAGCCCCUCCGCCGUGUUCCUGAACCCCGUCGGCCUGCGGGACGGACCGACAAGUGGUGCCCAGUGUGGGGCACGAGUACGAGGGAUCCUCUGAGGGACCGAUCAACCAGUAAGGUAAGGAUUAGGUAAGUGAUCGGCAUCAUGGGCAAUACCAUGUCCAAGGGCCAACUUGUUAGAGCCCUACAACUUCUGCUUAAACAUUAUGGAACUCCCAUUAAGGUUCAGACCCUUCAUAAUCUAGUCUCAGUCCUCGCAAAUACCAGCAAAUGGUUCCUUCAGCAGGACACGGUUUCUGUACAAAACUGGGAAAAGGUCAAAGCGGACCUCCUUCUUCACAGGGACCUUUACGGACCCCAAACUAUUCCCCCCCGUAUUUUUUCUCUGUGGCAGUUAGUCCAUGAUGCCCUUAGUGACGGGGGAGCAGCUGCUUGUGAACUAGUGGCUGAGGCAUUGCGCUCCGCGGCUCAGUCCGAAAGCGAAAAGCCUGCCACAUACUCAGCCACAGCAAGCUCAGCCACGGAAACCCCCCCUUCUCAAUCCUCAAAACUGGGGGGAGAUUCCUCUUCAGACGAGGGGGAUGUGGAGGACAAUACAGACCAUCCACCUCCCUAUGAUAGACCACCCCCAUCAACCAAAAAUCGGCGGUAUCCCUCCCCCCACACUCUCCCCUCUGCCCCUCCACUCAACUCCCAUGGCUCUGACCCAGACCUUCCUGGGCUUAUACAGUCCCUAACUUCUGUUCUUUCGAGAUUUGUACCCUCCAACUCUGAAAAUUCUCGGGAAUCCCUUCUGGCCGGCCUGGUCUCGGUUGUUCAAAAUGCUCAGGGACAGGCGUUCCGGCAACAUUCGGCACUGCCUUUCCGAGACCUCAAGCUCUUAAAAGAAUCUAUCAAAGACUAUGGACUUCAGAGCCCUUUUGUUCACCAAAUGUUAGACACCUUUGAAACCUUUAUUAUGACACCCAAUGACUGGAAGGACACUUUCCGCGCGGUUUUGAGCCCGGGGGAUUAUCUUUUGUGGAAGGGUCAGUUUACGGAACUCUGUGACCAGUAUGCUCAAACCAAUCUUCAAAGAGGUUUUCCCCAACAAACUAAAGAAAUGUUAACCGGGGAGGGUCCCCAUUAUAGUACUAACCAGCAACAAUGUUUGUAUAAUCCUGCUGUUUUUGCGCAAGUGGCCUUGGCAGCAAAAUCGGCUUGGAAGGCACUGGGAUCCAGGGGACAGCCUCACCAAUCCCUUACAAAAAUCCUCCAGGGCCCCUCAGAGCCAUUUGCUGACUUUGUAGCUCGCCUUCUAACAGCCGCCUCUCGAAUUAUGGGUGAGGGCGAGCCUACCUCUAUACUAGUCAAACAAUUGGCGUUUGAAAAUGCUAACAAAUGGUGCCAGGAGGCCAUUCGCCCAUGGAAGGAUAAACAGGAUAUUUCUGGGUACAUACGCUUGUGUAAGGAUAUUGACGGGGCUACCGUUACAGGCACCAUCAUGGCGGCGGCUCUGCAGCCGUCAGCCCAGCACGCCACACGCAGUGGUACCUGUUUUGGGUGUGGUCAAACAGGCCAUUUCCGCAAUGAAUGCCCCUCCUGCCCUAAUAGUUCCACUUCCAGGCCACAGCGGGGUGCCCUUACACGUCCACGAUCUCCCGGUCCCUGUCCUCGUUGCAAAAAGGGCCUCCAUUGGGCUAAUGAAUGCCGUUCAAAAUUUGAUGUAACUGGCUCACCCAUAACUCCUUUUCGUCAGUCAAACUCGAGGGGGACUCCAAGGCCCCAGGCCCCCCUCUCUCAGGGGCCGUACAAUCAAGUUCCACCUCCAGUUUCUUAUCACCUUCCUCAGAAUUACAUGGCGAGCCAAACCCACCUUCCUACACUGCCAUCUUACCAGGGUGCUAACCCACGAGGUCUUAUUCCUAAUCACAUUUGGCAAAUGGAUGUCACUCACAUUCCUCAUUUUGGACGCCAAUCCUUUGUCCAUGUCUCCAUUGAUACUCACUCACACCUCCUCUUUGCAUCCCCUCAUUCGGGGGAGGCGACCAAGGAUGUUAUCUCACAUUUGUGGCAGGCCCUUGCGUACAUGGGACGGCCUCGUGUUAUCAAGACAGACAACGGCCUGGCUUAUGCUAGCCGAUCCUUUGCCUCCUUUUGCUCUGACCAUAAUAUCACUCACAUUACAGGUAUUCCUUAUAAUCCUCAGGGACAAGCUCUCGUAGAACAUGCCCAUCAACACUUAAAAAAUCAAAUACAAAAACAAUCUAAUUCCACCCCACCAGACCCUCACAUUCGCCUGUCCAGGGCUUUGUUUACUAUUAAUUUUGCCUCCUUGGACACCCAAACUAAAUUAACAAGAGCGGAGGUCCAUUGGCAAACACAGGCCAACCAUUCUAUCCGCUCAGUUGUUUGGAAAGAGCCCCACUCCCUUCAAUGGCAACCACCAGCUCCGGUCCUCGCCGAGGCGCCCGGAUCCCUUUGUAUCUUUCCUCCAGGUCAACCUCAGCCUCGUUGGAUCCCUCUUCGGCUGACUUGCUUACUUCAUAGUCUUCCCUCUGAUCCGCCCAACGAAGAGGCCCUCUCCAAACCUUCUGAAAAUGAUCCUGCACCUGCUACUACUCUUCCACCUCCAACUGCAAGCACCCCCCCUCCUUUGCAACAUGAUUCAUUGGACAAUAGUAAAUAAUCCCC